CGCAGAGAAGAGAGAAGAGAGAGAAGCACAUACAGACACAAUUAAUAUGGGUAUGGCUAUGGCUAUGGGAGAAAUUAGCUUUAUAGCCUUAUGUGGUGUAAUGCUGACAGGGGCCUGGGUGUUUUACUGGAUAUGGUGGAGGCCCAUGAAGGUGGAGAGGGGUUUGAAGGAGCAAGGCAUCAGGGGACAUCCCUAUAGGUUGCUGUUCGGAAACAAGAAAGAGGAAGCGAGGUUGAGGAAGGAAGCACUGUCCAAGCCCGUCGGCAGCCUCUCUCACAACAUUGUGGGACGUGUCAUCCCGUUUGUACAUCAUACUAUUCAGACUUACGGUGAAAUGUCGUUAUCAUGGAAUGGGAGAACUCCCAUUGUGUAUGUUACGGAUCCAGAAUUAGUAAAGGACAUUCUGUUUAACAAGUUUGGACACUUUGAGAGAGACAAAUUAAAUCCUCUCACCAAGUUAUUGGUAAAAGGACUGGUAAGCUACGAUGGAGAAAAAUGGGCUACACAUAGAAGAAUCAUCAAUCCCGCAUUCCAUCCAGAGAAGCUAAAGGGAAUGUUGCCAGCAUUUUCUACCAGUUGCAGUGAGCUUAUCACAAGAUGGGAAAGGUUGGCUGACUCAAAAGGGUCAUGUGAAGUGGACAUGUGGCCUGAACUCCAAAUUUUGAGUAGAGAUGUCAUCUCGAGGUCAGCAUUUGGUAGCAGCUAUGAAGAAGGGAGACGAAUAUUUGAACUCCAAUAUGAACUGGCCCACCUUGUUGUCCAGGCUGCUAUGUCUAUUUAUAUCCCAGGUUUCAGGUUUCUUCCAACAAAAAAGAACAAGAGGAUGAAAGAAAUUGCAAGAGAAGUGAGAGCUCUAUUGGAGGAAAUGGUCAAUAAAAGAGAAGAGAUAUUGAAAAAAGGAGGGGGCAGUACAAAUGAUUUAUUGGGCUUGCUAUUGAAAUACAACCAAGAACAUGACAUUUCAAAGGAUGUUAGGAUGAGUAUUGAUGAUGUGAUAGAAGAGUGCAAGCUAUUUUACUUUGCAGGACAGGAGACAACAUCAGUUUUGCUUACAUGGACAAUGAUUGUAUUGAGCAUACAUCCAGAAUGGCAGUUAAAAGCAAAGGAAGAAGUCUUGCAAGUCUUUGGAAGAAAUAAACCAGACUUUGAUGGCUUAAACCACCUAAAGAUUGUGACCAUGAUUUUAUAUGAAGUCCUCAGGCUGUACCCACCAGUGGUCAUGCUUAAUCGAUACACCAACAAGAAGAUAAGAUUACGGGAGAUUUCUUUUCCAUCUGGGGUAUUGUUUUCAAUGCCGGUCGUCUUCCUUCAUCAUAGCAAGGAACUUUGGGGCGAGGAUGCACAAGAGUUCAAUCCAGAGAGGUUUUCAGGAGGAGUUUUAAAUGCAACAAACAAUCAUGUCUCCUUCUAUCCAUUUGGAUGGGGUCCUCGACUUUGCAUUGGGCAGAAUUUUGCAUUGUUGGAAGCAAAGAUGGCUCUGACAAUGAUUCUGCAACAUUUUCAGUUUGAGCUUUCGCCCUCUUAUUGUCAUGCCCCUCACAAAGGCCUUACUCUUGAACCCCAAUAUGGUGCUCAAAUUAUAUUACAUAAACUAUAAAUUGCUUAUUUCCACACUAAUUAUUUGUAAUGAUCAUAUAAGUUGGAACAUUGAGUAUAUAUGGUAUUGAAAUUCAAGGCUUGUAAUGUAUUUAUCAUUCUCUCA